GUAGUCGUAGUACCUACUCGUAUUCAUUCCUCUUGACAGAACCGACAACGGACGCAGCGCGUCUGCUCGACGGCGGUUGCCGGUUGCAGUGCGCCCGUCCGCGUCCGACUCCGUCGUCGACAAUGCCUAUGGAUCAGCAACACCAACAGCAGGACCAGUUACAAACGUUCGUUCUUUUUUCGCCCGUACGCCGUUCAUGCAACAACGUUGUUCACUCUUUAACAAAAAGCCAACCGUCGAGCCGGUUUCAUUUCAACGCUAUGCUCCUUUUCACUACGCUACGUUUUUUCUAGUACUCGAUAACUCAUCCGAGCACUUACUUAUUGCGUACCCUGUGUUCUUUCCAACUAAAAUUUUAAUUAAUUUUCAUUCGAUAUUUAAAUUUAUACCGUAAGUUGUGAUCGCUACUACCGAAUCGAUUCUCUAGUGCUAUAGUGGUGUUCGUUCAUCGUUCUCGAAAAAGUGGUGCGAUUUUUCGCGAAAAUUGUGCGUUCGAAUUUUCCUAAUUUUUUCUCUUUUUUUCGGUCGUUGAUUUACAAUCUAUAAUCUGCAGCAUACCUAUACGCCAACGUUUACGUAAGGUUCACGAAUAUAUUUUUACAUCGGUGUUAUUGUUGUCGGUGCAUCGGUCACUAGUAAUAACAAUUAGCCAUUUGAGCAGCUCAGACUCGAACGAUGAAAAAUUACGAUAAAUUUUACGCGGUCAUGUCGAUGAUCCAAGGCGAUAAGAUAUUGAUCAACGAAGUCCGAAAAUAUCCCUUUAUUUACGACCAGAAGCACGAAAAUUAUAAAGAUAUGAAGCUCAAAGAGGAAACAUGGAACGCUAUAGGAGCUACGAUAAAUGUGAAACCUUUGGAUGCGAAAAAUCGAUGGAGAAAUUUACGCGAUCGAUAUGUCCGAGAAAAGAAAAUGUUAGUUACCGAAGGCGAAGAAGUAUACAGAAGACACGAAGUCUGGCCAUAUUUAGAAGAUAUGUCAUUUCUUUGGGAUUUAAUCGUGCAUAGAAAGACCUCGAGUAACGAUUCUAACACAUCGUAUAAUAAUUCUAGAUCAUCGAACGCGCCUUACAGCAUUAACCCUUCGAACGAGGAAGCGCUGAAGAAACUAACGAAAUCAAAACUCAAAACUGAUCUCAAAAAUCUACCUCCUUUGAUACCUAAACCGAUGCAGGACUGGUUCAACAGCACUCUAAAUGGUGCCCUGGCCAACGGAGUGGCUCAUUUUGAAAACAACACGUCGUCGAAUAAUAACAGCAGUAAUGGAGAUGUGAUCGAAGUAGAUCCUUGGGCUUGUAGUAUGAAUCAAGAUAACUUUAACGAAGAUAGUGAUUUAAAACCAUCUCAGUCGAAAUUACGUAAAUUACUUUCGGAGCAUCAGGACGAUUCAAGAGGUGAAACUCCAAACUCGCCCAGAUCCUACGACUACAACUCGAUGGAACCGCAUACCCAUCAAAAGAACACAUCGAUACCUCCGAAUCCACCGUACGACGAAGAUGAACUAUUCUGUUUAUCGGUUGCUGCAUCUCUCAAACGAUUUAAUUCCAAAACAAAAGCUGCCACUAAGAUUAAAAUUCAACAGAUCUUAUACGAUGCUGAAUUUCAAGAAGAUACCAGUUCCUCAAACGAUCACAAUCACGCUUGAUCUUCACUCAUCAUAGAUAUUAAUUUUCUUUUUCGUUUUUUUUUCUCUCAUUUCUUAAGACAAAAAAGUUAUCGGUUACCAGAUUCUCGUGUUAUAAUAUUUUUAUAGGUACCAUAAUGUAUUUCGAUAUAAAAACACGUACAACAUCACGGUGUAUCUCUUCAUUACCAGAAGUGUUUCGUUUUACUUACGUAAUAAUAAGUCGAUAAAAUUGUGUUCGAUGUACUCUUUAUUCGAGCAUUUAUUUUUUUUUCUUUUAAAUCUAAGUGUACUGUAAGUGAUAUGUUUCUUUCGUUUUCUUCGUAAUUGACUGUAUUUAGAGUGUAAUUAUUUUUUAAGUUAUCUCGUUUCAGUGAAUUAAGCUCAAUUUUGUACCUAUUUUGUAUUUCGUAUUGAUUUUUAUACAGAUACGACGAUUAUAUGUAGACUAAGGUUUUGAAUUCCUUCUCUAGAUUUUUGUGUAUUGCCAUCGACUUUUUUUUUUUACUUAUUAUUAAACAUUGUUUCUUU